AAGCCCCGCCCACAGUUUGACUCUCCAGCUGCUCCAAACAUCAGUCAGCUGGUUCCUGCAGCAUCAUGGUGUCUCAGGUCAACAUCUGUCUGCGGCGCCUCUUCUUCUGCUUCAACGUCUUCUUCGUGGUGGGUUGUGGACUCGUCAUCGUGGUCUCGUUGACUCGUUUGUCUCCGUCUCUGGACCACGAGGACAGAAACCUGAGACCAGAGACCGCUGACAGGACCGUCCUGCAGCUGGUCUCCGUCCUCCAGAGGACCGCCGGGCCCGCCGCCCUCUACGUCGCUGGCUCCGUCACCAUGGCGAUGGCCGUCCUGGGGGUCUGGGGGGUCUGUAAGGAGAACCGGGGCGCUCUAAUCCUGUUCCUGGUGUACAUGAUGGUUGGAUGUCUGCAGAUGCUGCGAGACGGAGUCCAGGCUGCCGUCGCCAGACCCCAGCUGCAGGGUUUGAUGGAGAAACGCUGGCGUUCGUUUGUUCCUCUGGAUGAAACUUCAGACGACGUGAAGCGUCAGCUGGAAGCUCUGCAGACUUCACUGCAGUGCUGUGGUGUGUUCAGUCAUGAGGACUGGAGGGACGACGUCCCCGAGUCGUGUCUCUGUGACCUGAAGGACCAAAACAAGUGUCAGACAGUCAAAUACAAGAACUUCUUCUCCAACCUUCUCUGGCAGCAGAAGUCCGUCUUCACGCAGACGUGCUUCUCCUUCAUCAUGGACGCCGCUUCAACAAACGCUGACAUCACUCUCGCUGUCGUCUUCACGCUGUUCAGCCUGGCGCUGCUCGGCUCGUUGUUGUCUUCGCUGGUCGUCUGUCAGAUGUUCAACACGGCGCCCGGCGGUCAGCCGCCGUCCUACCAGCAGCUGUACAACCUGCAGGACGAAGACGAGCAGGACACGUUCAAAAUACAUGAAGAUUAUGAGCAUGAAAACAAGAUGAAAUAACAUACUGAUACUACACAUCUGCUAAACAUCAGCAUGUUAGCAUGGUCAUUUUAAGGAUGCUAACAUGCAAA